GCCGGGCAGGCGGCUGUGAGCGGCGCUCCGGGCGCGCUGGGCGGGGAGCCGAGCCGGGCCGGCGGCAGGAGGACCGGGCGGCGCGGGCCGGGCGCCGAGGACGAGGAGCCGCAGGCAGGACCGGCCGGCCGGCUGGCUGAACGCCGCCGCCGACGCACAUGAGGUGACCAGGCAUUGAUGCACCCCCAAGGGAGGCCACGUGCUCAAGGAGGCCACUCCCACUGGCUGCUGCUCACAUGGUUUCUGGGCCCUUGGCACUCAGGUGGUACGCGUGGGCAGGGCGUGGGGACAUGGGGCCCGACAUGGAGCUGCCCAGCCAUUCGAAGCAGCUCCUGCUGCAGCUGAACCAGCAGAGGACAAAGGGCUUCCUGUGUGACGUUAUCAUCAUGGUGGAGAACUCCAUUUUCCGGGCCCACAAGAACGUCCUGGCUGCCAGCAGCAUUUACUUCAAGUCCCUGGUCCUGCAUGACAACCUCAUCAACCUGGACACGGACAUGGUCAGCUCCACCGUGUUUCAGCAGAUCCUGGACUUUAUCUAUACGGGCAAGCUGCUGCCCAGCGACCAGCCGGCUGAGCCCAACUUCAGCACUCUUCUCACCGCCGCCAGCUACCUCCAGCUGCCCGAGUUGGCAGCCCUCUGCCGCCGCAAGCUCAAGCGAGCCGGCAAGCCCUUUGGCUCUGGACGGGUGGGAACGUCUGGUAUGGGGCGACCCCCUCGCAGCCAGCGGCUAUCCACAGGUUCUGUCAUCCAGGCUCGGUAUCCGGGGCUCAUAGAUGGGCGCAAGGGGGCCCAUACCUCCCAGGAGCUCCCCCAGGCCAAAGGCUCAGAUGAUGAGCUCUUCCUCGGCAGCUCCAACCAGGAAAGCGCACUUGGCCUGGGCCGGGCUGUCUGUCCAGCCAGUGGGGAGGCCGGCCUGGGCAGCUGCAGCACCAAUGGGAGCAGUGGGGGCUGUGAGCAGGAGCUGGGCCUGGACCUGUCCAAAAAGAGCCCCCCCUUGCCCCCUGCCACCCCUGGUCCCCCUCUCACCCCUGAUGACCCGGCCCAGCUGAGUGACAGUCAGCAUGGCUCACCCCUCUCGGCCUCUGCCCCUCCCAUUGCCAACAGUGCCUCUUACGCUGAGCUGGGGGGCACCCCCAGUGAGCCCAUGGACGUGGAGGGGCCCGAGGACAACCACCUGGGCCUGUUGGAGGGACCCAGCGGGCAGUCCCGAAAGAGCCUCCGGCACUCGGUCCGCAAGAAGGAAUGGAGCAAAAAGGAUCCCAUGGCAGGUUCCCCCUUUGAGCGGAGAGAAGUGGGGCCCAAGGGCUCCUGCCCAGGAGAAGAGAGCGAGGGGCUUGGGGACAGGGUUCCCAAUGGCAUCCUGGCUAACAGCGUAGCAGGGAGUGGCCCCAGCGGGCCCUAUGGGGAGCCCCCGUACCCCUGCAAGGAGGAAGAGGAGAAUGGCAAGGACGGGAGCGAGGACAGCGGGCAGAGCGGGAGCGAGGGGGGCAGCGGCCACGCCAGUGCCCACUACGUGUACCGACAGGAGGGCUACGAGACAGUAUCCUAUGGGGACAACCUGUACGUGUGCAUCCCCUGCGCCAAAGGCUUCCCCAGCUCCGAGCAGCUCAACGCGCACGUGGAGACGCACACAGAGGAGGAGCUGUUCAUUAAGGAGGAGGGCGCCUACGACACGGGCAGCGGGGGCGCUGAGGAGGAGGCAGAGGACCUGUCGGCGCCCAGUGCCACCUACACAGCCGAGCCCCGGCCCUUCAAGUGCUCAGUCUGUGAGAAGACCUACAAGGACCCAGCCACCCUGCGACAGCAUGAGAAGACACACUGGCUGACACGGCCCUUCCCCUGCAAUAUUUGCGGCAAGAUGUUCACGCAGCGUGGCACCAUGACACGCCACAUGCGCAGCCACCUGGGCCUGAAGCCCUUUGCUUGUGAUGAGUGUGGCAUGCGCUUCACCCGCCAGUACCGCCUGACGGAGCACAUGCGCGUGCACUCAGGUGAGAAGCCCUACGAGUGCCAGCUCUGCGGGGGCAAGUUCACCCAGCAGCGCAACCUCAUCAGUCACCUGCGCAUGCACACCUCCCCCUCCUAGAAGCCAAAGACCUUCUCUAACCUGUGGGCGCCCUCUGCAGACUCGCCCUCGGGAACAAUAGAAGGAAGAAGCAAGGAGGCCGGGCGGGCGGACCCGGACCCCAAAUCCAGUGGGGGUGGCUCCUGGUGGUACCUUCAGCCAGCCCCUGCACCCAGAGCUUUAAUCAACAGUCUGUACCAAGGGAAGAGAGCAGAGGAAGGCCGGGUCCCAAGCCCCAAAGGUAUUGUGGGUGUGCAUUCUACCUCUGGAUCCUGCCCAGGCCCCUGGCUCCCCACUCAGGGCUGCCACAGGGCCUGUGGUAGUGGGUCGCAGGGACCCAGCCUUGCAGGUCAGGUCUGAGCAGGGGGGAGUGGGGACCUUCCUCUGUGCUGGGAGGAUCAGGGCUGCCUGAGGCCAGGGGCAGUGUCCCUACAGGUCUGCGUGGCCGCCUUAGCUCUAAGGGGAGCGGUGCUGAGUGAGCAGUGCUGGGCGGGAGUGGGUGGAGCCCUCCCUCCUUGAGCCAGGGGGCCCCACUGCCUACCUCUCCACAACUAAAGAGCCCUCUGGGCCUGUGUUGCUGUUAUUCCUACUGAUCUGUUCCUUUUUUCUUUAUGAGAUUUGUUUUAUAAACCAAAACCAACAGAGUUUAUUUUCCUCCCGGCCCCUUGGGGCUGAGCCUGGGUCUGCAGACUGAAUGUAUGGGGCAGUCGCCCCUCCCGCCCUGGCUGCAGGCUGCGGGGCGCCCACCCCCCAGGCCCCAGAAGCCCUUCUUGGCCAAAGGCUUCCCUGGGCCCCGAGCCCCACCUCGGCUGCCUCAGGAGAGAGAGUGCUUUUCCUAUAGUUUCCCAGGAAUCUUCUUUGUUUAGAGGUACUUGUUUUUUAUUAAGAGAAAAACCAUUGUAACGUUUAUGUGAAUGUUUGAACUGGAAGGUCUGGGGUUCGAGGGGGGAGGGGGGAGGCUGGACCGGGUGCCAGGGCCGUCGGUACUCUUGUUUUCCUUUUCUUUGUGUGUGUGGUGUGCGCAGUGUGUGUGUGGGCAGGUGUUGCGCUUUCCUUCUUCCUUACCUGUCAAGGUGGAGAGACUUCUGACCUUUUGCUACCUCUUGAAAUUCAUGAAGAACAGUAAGUUGGUGACUGGCAGUUGAGGCCGUGACACUUUCGUUUCCUCUUAGUGCACACAGGUGUUCAGGUGCACAGCCCUAGGCCCCACUGCACACACCACGUGCUCUGUGAGGCUUCUGCAGCUUUGGAGUCUUAGGGCUCAGGUGUGGCUUUUCUUCUGAGUGCAGGGCUAGCCAUGGCCACCCUAGGGUGUCUAGGUGUGUUGCUGAGAGCCAGGGAGCUCGCCCAACACCAUUCUGGGCCCAGGUGAGGGUGUGAGUGUUCCAGCCCCGUGGGAGCUGGGUACUCAGCAACAGGAAGAUCGAAGUCAGCUCUUUGCAGCUCCAUGUGAGGGCCGGGAUGAGGUGGAAGUGAGCCCCCCGCCCAUCCUGUCCCCUGGGCCUGCAAGAGCCUGAGCUUGGGAAAGCAGCAGCCUAUCUGGCCAUUGUGAGCAGAUGCUACCAGUGUGGAGGCAUGGGGAAGGGCCGACCAAAGUGAUGUGUACCCCCUAGGGGACAGGAAGGGGUCCUGCCCUGUUCGGACAUUGUUCUAGGCAGUCCUGGCCCCCUGCCACUGUUCUCAAGGCUGGCUGCUCAUUGGCUCAGCCCUGUCUGGGGUUCUUCCCCAUGCCCCUUGGGUUUCCUCUGCCAGCCUCAGACACCUCCACCGGGCCAGAGCCUGGCUGCAGGGCCAGACUGAGGUUGCCAAAGUUGGCUCCACUGUCCUCAGCCGCCUGGAGCCACAGGACUGGGCCGGCGGCUUUAUCUUCAUUUUGCUUCGUGCUUUUGCUUUUUAUUUUUUCUUUCUACUUUAAGUUCAGACCAAAAAGUUCCGGAGUCAUCCCCUGCCCCUACCUUUCACCCUUCUAGAGAUCCUCCAGCUGAAAUCAGAGCCUGAGUUCAGGGACCUGAGUGGUGGAUGGUGUGUUUGGGAGUGAGGGCCCCUGAGUCAGCCCUCAUGUGGUGCCCCGAGGCCCCACCAGCUCUUCUUCCCUUUGGGUAGGGGGUGGAGGGCUGGGCCCAGGGCCUCUUGUUCCAGCAGGACAGUGAGGGGGCAGGGCCUGACGCAGGCCCCCGUGCCCUCCCCGCCCCUGCCCCACUCCAUCAGCACUUAAGCCUCACGACACAAAGUCUGUACUGCACGGGAGGUGCGCGCACGCCCGGCCUGUGUGUGGCCUCCCGGCCGUGGGCAGCCGCAAACGUGAGGCGUCCUGUGGAAGCAGGUGAUCCUUUCCAAAGCUUCAGGGAAUGGGCGCAAAGGCCCCACUCAACAACGUUCGCGCGACGUAGUAUUGUACCCACCUGAGUAUUGUAUCGAGCCUUUUCUGUAUUUUAACGAGAAAGCAGAACACUAGUUUCCUAUUUAAGAUUUUAAGGGUUUGCGGGCGGGGUGGGACUGACACAACACUUGGUUUUGUUUUUUUUCUCCUCUGGUCUCAUGCGGAGUGUGCUUGCGAGAGUGUGCGUGGAAAUGUGUAAGAGCCUCACAAGGAAAUUUGGCCGUUGGAGGCCCAGGGCGGCUCACAGUUCUCUGCUUCAGUCACUUAAUUCCCGAAUGUGUCGGAGAAACAGGAAACAGAAAACAGCAGACGUCAUAUAGGAAAGAGGAUAAACAACAAGAAGAAAGAAAAAGCUCAUACCCAAAUUCACAAAACCUAUUUUUUAAACCAAAGCACAUUGUGAAUGAGUAUGGAACCUCAGCGGGCUCAGAAAAAAAGAUACUAAUAUAUUUAUCUCAUUGUUUACAUAAACUUUUACAGUUUCAGACCUCAGCAGCUGUAAGGCCAGUCCCAGUGAGUCCCCACCUUCCGCUGGUGCUCCCAGGCAGAGGGGCAGCUCUGGGGCCGGGGCCGGGGCCGGUGCGGGGGCCUCACCUUCACCCGAGCCUUCCUUCCCAGCCCCGGGCCUCUCCAAGCCCAGCUGGCACCAAAGAGCUUGGGCCGGUGCUGCCCGGCCCCCCGGCCUCCUGGCAGUCCUGGCCAACCGGCACAGCAGAGGGUGGCCGUCGGCUCUGACCACAGGAUCUGAGCCUGGGCUUGGGCCCCAGGAUGGAGGCAAGCCUCCCCACGUGCUGCUCUGCCCAAGAUCCUGGGGUGGGUGGAUGUCAGGGUCCCUCUCAAGCCAAAAAGCCAGGAUCUUUGCACGCCCAUUGAUUCUGGCUAGUUCCCGUCCCUGGGGACCCUGCCCCCCACCCCCGCCAGCAGUGGGAGGGGCUCACUGGGCUGGUCCUUACCAACAUGGAUGGUGCAAACACUCUGAACAGUGUUGUUUUUGUAUCAAUAUGUUUGUGCAGUGAUGAAUGUAUUUAUUUCUCAGACUUGGGGCAAGCGAGGGGCAGGCCGGGCUCUGCCACCGCACGCUCCUGCCAGACCGAGCCACCCUGAGGGCUCAUCCAGGAUUGCAAAAAAGAAAUGAGAACCUUUAAGCAAAUAAUCUCAGAGACUCGCAGCAUAGCCAUACACCGCAGCCUGUGAAACGAACCACCCGGACCCUACUGACUCGCAGGACCUCGUUCAGCCGUGCGUCGUUUCCCACCAGCCACCACUCGGGUGCUGGGCUGUCUCUGCCCCCACCCCGUCAGUAUUCACUGGAUUCGACCGAGUGCAGGAGUGCGAUCUGGCCGGGCCGGCUGGGCAGGCAGACCCCGCCGCCCUCCCCACAGCCGUCCUGAGUCGGGGUGAGGCCUGGGCAGCCGGGAGGGCAGGGCUCAGGGAAGAGGUCACUGCAUCCAUGCUGUCCCUUUGGCUCGGGGGACAGAAGCAGAGGCACCAGGCCUUAGGAGAAGGAAUGAGGACCUCAGCCAUGCCCCGCCCCGUGGAGGGACCAAGGCCCUUGCUCUCCCCCAGAGCCGCGUUGGGGCGGUGGUUCCGAGCCUGUGAAUCCGAUGCCAGGAGUGAGGGGCUGGAGAGGGACCUAACCAGAGCCUCAGUCUGACAUUCCAAACCAGGGGGUGGGUGUGCACUGUGGGAAUUGGGGCUGCCCAGUCCCCCCCAGCUUCAGUCACCCCACUUUAGUUUUCUACCGGGAACCCCUCCCCCUACCUCACCUUGCUAUUUAUUGCUGUAAUUUAUUGACCUCAAAAAUGCUGCAUAACAGACCUCACUUGGGGCAGGGAGGAUUCCCCAGGGCUCCCCCCCUCCACUUGGCGGGGCCCUGUGGGGCCAGGUGCUGAGGGGAGCCUCCCUGGACCCUGCCCAUCGCUUGCUUCCCCCUCCUCCCUUGGGGAACCCCAGGUUGGGCACUGGCCCAUUCGUAAAUACCUCGAGGGGGAGGGGGAGGGAUGGGAUUAUAGCUGUUUUGUUUAAUUGGAAUUGGAAGAGGGAUCAUGUCCUUUAUGUCCUUCCCAGAAUGGGGGAGGGACACUGUGAUCGCACUCCUGUACUGGCCACCGCCGCUGUCAGUCAUCACAUUGAGUUCACUUCCCUUGAGAGUUUGGAUAAAUUCAGGUCAGAGCUGCAAGUACGCAGCCUUCAAGUGUCAUAGAAAAGCAAUUCACCAACGACUGAUCUCUCCAUUCAGAAGCGUGCAGUCUUAAUGUACAGUGAUGAGAAACUGUUAUUUUAUGAUCUUUUCAU